AUGACGAGCACAUUUUUCUAUGAUGAUGAAAUGCUGCUUCUAAAACAAGAUAAUGAUGUCAGUGAAGGAAUGUUGCUUCAACAACAAGAUAAUGUUCAGCCUAUAAGUGUGGAUACCACUCAUUUAUGGUCGACCGAUCAGAUAUUUGAAACUGUUGAUGACCUUAAACAAUGGGCUAAGAAUGUUGGGAAGGACAAUGGAUAUGCGAUUGUGACUGGAAGGUCUGAUUAUUCCAGAAAAGGUGGAAAUAUGUAUAUUGUUCUGCGGUGCUCGAAGCAUGGUGUGUACAUCCCGUACAAGGACCCUAAGUCCUUCAAGUACAACUCCACCGGAUCACAAAAAUGUGAUUGUCCUUUUAAACUUAAAGGACGACCUACGGAGGGUGAUAAAAAUUGGUGGCUGAAAGUGUUGGAAGGGGUACACAACCAUGAACCAGCUAGAUCUUUGGUUGGCCAUUCCUAUGCUGGUCGACUAACAGAAGAAGAGAAGGUUCAAGUCGACAGCAUGAAUAACAAUUGGGUCCCACCGAGACACAUGUUGGCCACUUUGAAGGAAAAUAAUCCGGGUAACUUGUCUACCAUCACUCAAGUGUAUAAUCGCAUCAAAAAAGUUAAAGAAUUAGACCGCGGGCCACUUACAGAGAUGCAAUAUUUGCUGAAGAAGUUGGCAGAAGCCAACUAUGUUCACUUUGAAAGACAUGAAGAAGAUUCGGGUGUCAUUAUGGAACUUUUCUGGGCUCAUCCUAAUGCUAUUAAACUCUUCAACACAUUCCCUCACGUGGUAAUCAUGGAUUGCACAUACAAGACAAACAAAUUUCAAAUUCCAUUGCUUGAAAUGGUUGGCCUCACUUCUACUGGUCUGACUUACUCCAUUGCAUUUUGCUACAUGACUCGUGAGCGCACACCUGACUAUGUUUGGGCCUUGGAGUGCAUGAAAUCUCUACUUGCUGACCCUGCCCGAUUACCUGGAGUGAUUGUGACUGAUAGGGAAUUGGCUUUACUCAGUGCUGUUCGGAAUAUUUUUCCUGAGGCUACCCAUUUACUAUGCCUAUUCCACAUAAACAAGAAUGUUGAGGCAAAGUGCAAAUUGUGGGUUGACACAACGGAUUUUAAAGCCUUAGUGAUGCAAAAGUGGAAUGAAGUGGUAUAUGCGGAAACAACUACACAAUUUGAGGAGGAAUGGAGCGACAUGUGUGAUAUGUGUAAGGAUCAUCCAAGGUUCACAUCGUACAUUUAUGACACUUGGUUGGUUCACAAGGAGAAAUUUGUGAAGGCAUGGACAAACAGAGUGAAGCAUUUUGGAACGACAACAAGUAACAGGGCUGAAAGUGCACAUGCAAGCUUGAAGAAGAUGCUUAGGAACGGCAAGGGUAACCUGUGCGAUUCAUGGGAAGCAAUUGAUAGGUUGACCAUUGUACGCCACAAUGCAAUACAAGCAUCGUUUGAGCGCAGUAUUAACAUUGUAGAGCACCGUUUCAAGUCUCCAAUGUAUAAGAAUAUGAGAGGAUUCGUUGCUAAACAUGCACUUCACCUAAUGUAUGAUGAACAAAACAGAUUUUGGGGUCAUGGUGAGAAAUGCGGUUGCGUGAUGAAAGUCACUCAUGGACUACCUUGCGCUUGUGCACUUCAGAGUAUGGCCUCAAUUCCGUAUGCAGCAGUUGAUCCAUUCUGGAAGAUACUUUCUUAG